AUUAAUUUGAAGGACAUUGCAAAGGGUUUUUUUAACACACAAAGUUUUUUUUUUUGCUAGGUAGCUAGUUAGUAGGUUCCAUAUGGCCAAAUAUAUCUCAUCAAAACAUUGAAGACAAAAAAACAUAUAAACAUAGUUUUAAUAAGAAGUGUAGCUAGGGAAGGAUGGGAAGAACACCUUGUUGUGAUAAGAAUGGACUAAAGAAGGGGCCAUGGACUUCAGAAGAGGAUCAGAAGCUUGUAGAUUAUAUUCACAACAAUGGUGAAGGGAGAUGGAGAACACUCCCAAAGAAUGCUGGAUUGUCAAGAUGUGGGAAGAGUUGCCGGCUCCGGUGGACCAAUUACUUGAGGCCUGAUAUCAAAAGAGGAAGGUUUUCCUUUCAAGAGGAAGAGGCAAUCAUACAACUGCACAGUGUUUUAGGGAACAAAUGGUCAGCAAUAGCUGCUCAGUUGCCUGGAAGGACAGACAAUGAGAUCAAGAACUACUGGAACACACACAUAAGAAAGAGACUUCUCCGGAUGGGAAUUGAUCCAGUGACACACAGACCUCGCUUUGAUCUUCUCAAUCUCUCUUCACUGCUCAACCCUGCAGUUUAUACCACUACAACCAGCCAAUUCCAAGCUCCAAAACUACUCCAAAAUCAAGCACUGUCUGACUCUGAUCUAUUCAAGCUCACCACUAACUAUUUACUUUCAUCAUCUCACUGCCAAAACUCUGGACUUUCUGGCCAAGAAGAAAUCCAACAACUUAUUCAACCAAACUAUAUUCAGAAUGCAGUGCAAUUUGAUCAGGAUGAUCAGUUUAUGCAAAUGAAUAAUGAUAAUUACUGCAACUUGUAUCCAAACUCAUCAGUGCAGUAUGAGGAAGGAGUAGUGCAGUAUGAUCGCUUACAACAGUAUUACAAUUAUUUGAGUUCAAGUCUUUGUGGAGAAAACACCAUUAUAAACUUUGAUGCAGCUUCUGAGUUUUCAGCAACAACAUCAAGCUUGACUAACUUGAACUCUUUAGCCACACAAAGUAAUAGCAAUACUGAAGAUGAGAGGGAUAGCCACUGUAGUGAGAGGUAUAGGAUGACAGGAAGUCAUGAGGUGUUGGAUGUUAGUGAUUUCAUGUGAUGGAAUAGUUCAUGCAGAGGAAAAAAUGUCAGGCAUGGAGAUAAGCAACGUUGAAAAUUUGGGAUAGUCUAGAACUUUUUGUUUAUAUAUAUAUAUUAUAGUUAUUUCAUGUGAUGACUGGAUCAUGCAUGAGAAAAAUAUGUCAAUCAUGGAUAUGUAACGUUGAAAAUUGGGGAUAGACCCUGAAUUUUAAAA